UCUAACGCUUCUGCCAUUCCUUUCCUUUGAUUCUAUUUUUCUUCUUUAUCCUCUGUUUGGCUCCGAGAAAAAUAAGGGAAAAAUAACAUAAAUUUGAAAACCACCUUAUCUUCCAUUUCUCAUCAUCCAGAAAACAGAAACCCAUUCUCAAUUAAGCUUAAUAGUUACUUAGAAGUUGAGGUAAUACAUAUUGACAAUGGAGAGUGAAGAUGAUGUAGUGAAGAAGACAAGGACGAUGGAAGCCCGGGCAAGAAACAUCAGUCACAAUGUCCGGUGCACUGAAUGUGGAAGUCAAUCCAUUGAAGAUUCGCAAGCGGAUAUUGCAAUUCUUCUCAGGAAGUUAAUUCGUGAUGAGAUUCAAUCUGGGAAGACUGACAAAGAGAUUUUUAAAAAGCUUGAGGAUGAUUUUGGGGAGACAGUACUUUAUGCCCCAAAGUUUGACCUGCAGACUGCAGCAUUGUGGCUCUCACCGCUUAUAGUUGCAGGUGGUGCUGUAGGAGUAUGGGCUUUCAACAAGCACAGGAAACAGACUAACGUUCACAUCAUGGCUUUAAACCUUGUUAGAGGGGUUUCAUUGACACCAAAAGAGAAGGAAACAAUGCUAGAUCUCCUCACGCCUCCUCCUUCAGAAGGAACUACUCGAUCCUGGUGGAGGAGAUGGCAAGGUCAAUGAUGCCCAUUGCUCCCAUUGUUUUUUAUUUGUCUUGGCUAGAAACUUUGUGCUGGAAAUUUAGAAACCGUGGUUAGUCCCGGAUUUGCAAAAUCUGAGAAGCAACUUGUUGGAGAGUUUGUUUUGCUAGGCUGGACUAGGUCAUGACAAAGAAGUGUGAUUUCUGUACAAUAUUGUACUGCAUAAGAUGACUUUGUACAUUGAGGAUAUUAUUCUAGUUGGUUUUAUAAUAUAAAAUAUCUGAUCCUUAUCGUGUUUGAAAUA